AUGGCCCAACGGCCAAGUUCCUCUAUACCAUCAUCAAGCAGUUGGACCUCAAAUCAGCAAAUCGACUGGAACCUCGUCGCCGCGCAGCUCGAAAUCUCCAACGGCCACGCAGCUCGUAUGCGUUUCUCCCGCUUCAAGCAGCAGAUGGAGGGCACCACAUCGACACCACGAGCAUCGCGGCCCAAGAAGUCAUCGAAUGCGAAUAAGGGCGAGAAGGGAAGUGCCAGUUCCAAGUCGGAUUUCCAAAAGGGCACAACAGCUUCUUCUUCCUCAUCUCCGCAACCGAUCGUCAAACAAGAACCUGGCGUCCUGCCUUACGACCCGGCGAAUGGCCACAUCAAACCCGAUCCGUAUAUGCAAAAAUUGCCCGAUCUUGCAGAUAUUCCCCAUGCUACGACGUCACAGAUGAUGCCAGCGCAUACGGUGCCAUCGGGCAUGCCGUAUCCAUCGUUGACGGUGGCUCCGGGAGAUUUGAUGCAUUCGCCUGUUCCGAGCAUGGCGUCGUCUACGUCUACGUCUACGUCUUACGGAUUGCCUCAUGUCUGGGGAGGUGUCAAGUUUGAGCCACAAGAUGCAGACAGAUUGAACGAUGGGACGGUAAAGAUGGAGAUGCCACAGGGCCCGUAG